AUGUUAUAAAUCGAAGUUAUUUGCUUUGGAUUGGCUGUUGAAGUAGAACGAUUAUAGUCUCUUACUAAACAACUUAAUUAAGACAUCGAUCAAGCAAAUCUUCAAAACCUGAAUUCACAAGCUGUCAUUGAUCAAUAAUCUACAGAAAUCAAAUUACUCCAGUCUAAAUUAGAUAGCAUCAAUAGAGACUAGCUUGAACUUUAAAAUGAAUACCAAUCUCUAGAAUAAUAACAUCUUCAUGUAACUGACCUAGUUAACCAAAUUACAGCUGGCCAAAUAACCUUGGAAUAGUUGAAGGAUUUGGUAGAUGAGCUCAAAAACAGGUCCAUUUAAUAUGAUGAAAUUUAAGAAUUACUGCAAGGAUAGGACCUCUAGGAUGUGAUCUCUAAGGCUGAAUAGUUUACAUUGUAGUGCAACAUUAAUCAAGAGUUGAGAGAUUAAUUAGAAUAGUAUCCUGAGAUUGUGAUUAAACUCAAUCAAGAUUUGGAUAAACACAAAUAGGAUUUAAUCAAUAAUAAGUCUAGCAUUGCUAUUUUGGAAAAAACUAUUGUAGAUCUCAAUCAAGAAAUACAUAUACUGAAAUAAUUAUUAGAAUAAGAGUAGAAUAAGAACUCUUUAAAUUAAUCCCAAAUAUAAUUAUAAUUAGAAACCUAAUUAAAUGAACUCAGACUCAAACUAUCCUAAGCUGAAUAAAAGAAUGAAGAAUUAGAAGAUGAAGUAGAAUAAGUCAAUUUUUUUAAGGCUUAAAUGGAAUCUCAACUUUAAGAAAUUAUAAAAGAAAACAACAAAAUUAUGGUUGAUAAAGAUAAACUAGCAUCUGACAAUUUAAAUCUGAAUGCUCAAAAUGAAAAUCUGAAUGAUUAAUUGAGUCUAUAGGCAAGUUAAAAUCAGGAUCUAAAUAAGAAAAUUCUUGAAUUGGAAGAUCAAGUAAGAUUGCUUAAGAAUUAAUUGGCAGAAGAUAAUGAUCUAGAAAUCCAAAUUAUAAGAUAGGAUGCUUAAUUAUAAUCUUACAGCGAAAGACUGUAAAUGUAAGAUAAUGAAAUACAAGAUUUAAAUCUUAAUAAUGCAGAGUAAAAAUUAAAUUAUUAGCGAUCUUUAAAUAAAUUCCAGGAUCAAUUGAUUUAGAAGGAUCAGGAAAUUUAAGAACUUUAAUAGAUUUAAAUAGAUCUUCAAGAUCAAAUAUCUGAUUUAUAAAAUCAAAUAGCUAAUUUCAAACAUUAAGCUGAAAUUGACGCUGAUGAAAUAAGUCAACUAAAACUUUAGCAUUAAUAAUUUUAAGGAAAGAAUGAUUCAUCUAACACUAUCAUUAUUAAUUUCUAGAAUCAAAUUUAACAAUUUAAAUUAGAAAUUUAGAACCACCUUCUUUAAAUUUCAGAACUGGAAACCACAAUUUCGAAUUAAAAUUAAUAGUUUAUAACUUCAAAAUAAGAGCUUUAAUAACAUUACUAAUAAAUUAUCGAAAAGCUUUAGGAGGAAAACAAAUCAUUAUAGGAUUAAAAUGAUUAAUAAAUUCAAAGUUUGGAAGAACAAGGUAAUCAAAUUCUACAACUGUCCUCUGAAAAUUAAGAACUAUAGCAGAUAAUUGAUGAAAAGGACCAAGAAUUGGAAAAAUUGAAUCUAUAUGUGAAGAAAUAACAAGAAAUUUAUGAGAGUAAUACCAAAAAGAGUGAGGCCUUAGAAGAAUCAAACAGAGAAUUAUUAUUUAAGUAGAACUCUUUUUAAAAAACUAUUAAGGAUUUAUACACUUAAUUAGAGGGCCUUAAGCUUGAAGUAAUUGAGAAAGAUUAAUUAAAAUAAUAGAAGUUAUCAUUAGAAUAAAAUAUAAACAAGUUAAAUUAAACGAAUGCAGAUCUAAUGCAAUAAAUUGCAAAUCUGAAAAUUGAGGUAAGUGGCUGCCAAAUAUAAAUAACCAAUUUAAAUUUAUAGAUUGACAACACUGAAAUUGAAUUAAGAAGUUCAUAUCAAGAAAACAAUUCAUCAGAGAACUAGCUCAAGGAACUAUUUACAAAACUUGAGUAACAAGAAAUUAUAAUGAACUAAAGUGAAAAAUAGAUUAAAGAAGACGAAUUUAGAAUUGAACAGCUAUUGAAUGAAUUACAAAAACUCAAUGCAAAAAAUAAAGAGUAUUAUAAAAAAUUUGAAGAAUAAGAGAUUUUUAUCAAAUAAUUAUAGGUAGAAUUAAGUGAAUCAAGUAAUGAUAUUAAGAAAUUGGAAAACGAAUUAUUGCUUAAAGAAGAGGAAUUUAAUGAAUUAGAUGAUGAUUACAAUAAGGUUUGGAAUGAAUUAAAUGCUCUUAAGAAUGAUUAAUCCAAUUAAAAUUCGGAUGCUAGAGGAGAAGAAUUAUAGUAAUUAGUGACAAAUUUAAAGUCAGAAUAUAAUUUAGUACUAAAAGAUUUAGAAGCUUUAAAGAAGUAAUUAAUAGAUAAAGACUCUUAACUUAAUUAAAAAGCCAUGCUUGUUGACAAAUUCAAUGUUAAAGUUAUGAACUAAACAAGUGAAUUACGUUCAUUAAAAUAAGAAAUUGAAAACAAUCAGAUUGUUAUAGAAAAUUAAUAAUAGAAAAUCGCUAAGUAGGAACAGCAUAUUUAAGAUUUGUUGAGAUCUUUAGAAAGCGAUAGACAAUCCUAGUAAUCUUAGGUAAAAGACAAUACAGAUAAUUCAAGAGUAAUGGAAUUGCAAUAAUUAAAUUUGAAUUUGAGCAAAGUCAUAGAUGAAAAGACAUAAAAAUUAUAAAAAUAAGAAUAAGAAAUUGUGAUACUCACUGAAAAAUUAAGAGAAACAGAGAUCUAUAUUAGAAGUAUAGAAUUUUAGCUAAAUGAAUUGAGAUUAAAAUAUGAAUCAUAAGUACAGAUAACUUAUUAAAAAUCAAGUAUAAUUUCAACUUCAGAAGAUAUUACUGAUGAGUUCUAAUCAAAGUUUCAAUAACUUCAAUAGAAAUAUAUUUAAUUAUAAAGAGAUUACUAAACCUUAUUAAAUAAUUCCAGCAAACUUGAAGAAUAUGAAAACAAAAUAGCAUUGCUUUCCCUAGAGAUUUCAAGAUAUAGAAACUCAUCAAAGAAAAGUACACCAUAAAUUAAUCGAGAAAGCUCAUCUAGUGCUAAAACUAGUAAAUUCAACCUUGGAGAGUUAUAAAGUCCAUGUCCUGAAGAAUUGAAAACUGAGUAAUCAAACACUAGUCAAAUAUUCAUUCAACAAUUUAGUAAUCCAAAAAUUGAUGAAUAAUAUGGAUUAAUGGUAUUAUUAUUUGCUGAAAUCGAAGCUCUGAGAAUGUAAGAUAGCAAUAGGUAAACUUAGUAAGAUGACAAAAGUAAAGUUUCAUGCCUAAUGGAUUAUUACAGAACUAAAAGGCCUUCAUGA